AGUGGUAGGCGUGCUAAAACGCCGCCGAUCGAACUCAUCCUUUUUGUUUUGUGUUGAAAGUCUGUCCGUGUAGUUUGUACUGGACGUUGAUAUAAUACACUGGCUGCAGUUUUAUCGCUAUAUACGUAGUGGUGUGAUGUAUCGACGGUCCUUCAUCCUACUCGCGGCACCGUCGUCGCGGGUGUGGUGGUCGCCCUACGGCAAGCCAGACCGGACGGGGGAGACCACCGGCACCCAGCCAGACUUCGGACACUCCGGCAGCGCUCCCCGCGAUCUUUUCCAGCGCACCACCCGCCACCGUCAGUCGCACUACGCCGUGUCGGCGGGUGGCCGUAGGGUGGCGGAGCCCUCCUCUUCCUCUUCGCCGGAUUCUUCCUCCGUGGCGUCGGCGGGUGCCGGGCGGAAGAAGAAGUCGUACGCCGAGGCGGCGGCCGGCCCCCUCGGCACGGCGGGCAGCGCGGGACAGCAGCAGGCGAUGCACAUGUACGCGAACAAGGAGAACGCGUGGGAGGGGUACACGGAUGAUUGCUUCUACGGCGCAAAGCGGUUUCGCGAGUACUGGCACCGCAUGCUGGCCGACCGUGGUGUGCGUUACUACGUCUUCACGGUGGUGGUUAUGGUGAUGGCGGCCGGGGCGAAGUUGUGGCAAAUGCAAACGGCGCAACGUGCACAGAACGGACUGCUCGGACCGCGCAAGAAGAAUUACCGCAGUCGCCUUACCGUUGUGCUUGACGUCGAUGAGACGCUGUUGUCGUACGGGGAUAAGGCGUUCCGCCUGAAGGCCGGGCUCGUCCCGCGCCCGUACCUCGCAGAGCUCUUGGACUACCUGACCUCCAUCGACGCCGAGGUGGUGCUGUGGGCGGCGUGCAGCGAGCGGUAUAUGCGGCAGGUUCUCGGCAUCAUCGACCCCAGCGGCGUACGUGUGACACAGUACAUCACACGGGACAAGGAGUGGUUCUCGAAGGACAACUACUACGAGAAGAACGUGCUGUGGCUGAAGCGCCCGCUGGAAGACACAAUCAUCAUCGAGAAUCGCCCGCUGAGCGUGCGCAAUUGCAACGCGAAUGCCAUCCUCGUCGAUGACUUCAUCCGUGGCGAGUACAUGGACACCGGUCAAGACCAUCCUGCUAAUGAUCACGCGUUGCGCACGAUUAAAAACAUCAUCGAAGAUCUGGAAACGUCCGGGAUGCCGGUGCCGGAGUACUUGGCGAACGCGAAGGUGCGCAACCCCGAGAUUAAGGAGAUCCCCUGUCACCUGGCCAUUCGCCAGCUGCCGGACGAAAUUGCUCGCGGCGUUUUUUACUUUAUCGGAGACAAGAUGAAGGCGAAGCGCACCAACACGUCGAGUUAG